CCGACCGAAACCCCUGUGACUUGCCGCGCGGUCCGAUCCAUGGCAGCCGCCUCCGCUUCCGCGUCCGCCGGGAACGCCGGCGACACGCGGCUGGUCGACCGCUGUAUCGACGCAGCGGCGCGCGGCCCAGCCACCGUGGAGGCCUGGCGCCGCCAGCGCCGGUCCCUGGAGCGCCUCCCGGGGCCGCUGGCUGACGAGCUCCUCCGCCGCCUCGCCGCCCGCCGCCUCCUGUUCCCCUCCCUCCUCGAGGUUUUCCGGUACUCGGCGGAGGAGAUCGACUUGAGCGGCAACAUCGCCGUAGAUGCCGAGUGGCUGGCUUACCUCGGUGCAUUUCGGUACCUCAGGGUCCUCAAGAUGGCGGACUGCAAGAACGUCAACAGCGCUGCGGUCUGGGCACUCUCCGGCAUGAGUACACUAAAAGAAUUGGACUUGUCCAGAUGCUCAAGGAUAUCAGAUGCCGGCAUCAAACAUAUAGUCUCCAAUGAUAGUUUGGAGAAGCUACACUUAUCUGACACUGGAUUGACUGACAAUGGCGUCAUGCUUAUCUCUGCACUGAAAAACUUACAGUUGCUAGAUUUCGGGGGAAUUCAUAUGACCGACAAAGCAUUACGGUCAUUACAGGUACUCACACAACUUGAGCACCUUGAUAUAUGGGGUAGUGAAAUUACUGACGAGGGAGCUUCUGUCCUUAUAGCUUUUACAAGAUUGAGGUUCUUGAAUGUUUCUUGGACAUAUGUGACUCGUUUACCACCUCUUCCAAACCUGCGGUAUCUUAACAUGAGCAGCUGUACAAUUCAUUCUAUCUGCGGCGGGGAUUCUGAAGUUCGUAUUCCUCUGGAAAAGUUUACCGCCUCUGCCGCCUCAUUUGGUAACAUUGAUGAAGUGUUCUCUAGUAUUGAAGUAAACUCAUUUUUAUUUUUGGACAUGUCAGGUUGCUAUUUAAGCAACUUGCAUAUAUUGCAAAAGCUGAAGGGUCUAGAGCAUUUGGACCUUAGCUUCAGCAGAAUAACUGAUGACGAAAUCCACUAUGUGGCAAAUAUUGGAAUGAACCUGAGAUAUCUAAGCCUGAAGGAUACUGCAAUAACCUCUCAGGCGACAUGUAUUUUGGCAGGAACAGUUCCGAACCUGUCCUCGCUGUCUUUAGCUUAUACAAAAAUUGAUGAUUCUGCUCUAGCAUACAUCAGCCUGAUGCCUUCAUUGGGAGUGAUAGAUCUAACUCACACAAAUAUCAAAGGGUUCACUCGUGUUGAAGCAAACUCGGAGAAAACACUGUCUAUGCCUCCGCUUGAGUGUCUCAUAUACCUCGAAAGUCUUCAUCUGGAGGACACGGCACUGGCAGAUGAAGUUAUACCUCCCCUAGCAUCCUUUAGGGCACUGAAAUAUUUGUACCUAAAAAGUGAUUUCUUGUCUGAUCCAGCUUUGCAUGCCCUGUCUUCUGCCUCAAACUUGAUACACCUUGGUUUCUGUGGGAAUGUAUUGUCGAACUCUGGGCUUCUGCAAUUCGUGCCCCCAACCCAGCUACGUGUGUUGGAUUUAAGUGGCUGCUGGAUCUUAACAGGAGAUGCCAUCUCAAAAUUUUGUAGGCAUCAUCCAAUGAUUGAGGUGAGACAUGAACUAAUGGAGGAACUUCAACAAAAUCGUGUUGGCACUUCGCAAGUUCACAAGUCUAAGCAACUUCUACAGCCAAAAGGAAAAAUUGUUAACAUUUCGGCUGAUGCUAGCAGGCUUUCUGCUAUCUCUUUCGUAGAUGAAAGGAUAAAAUAUAGCAGGGAGGAAUUGAUGAACAUCCAAGACCUUACUGGAUCGAGUUUGGUGUUGAAUGGUGUGCGGCUUCCACCCGAACUGAGAAGGAUGGAAUGAGACAAGCUCCGGUUUACAUUUCUCAUGCACUUCAAUCUCGUCAUUUGAUUAUAUAGUGCAGCCUUUUCAUUUUGGAACGCGGCAAUUUUACAUUAGUUGAAGUCAGAUUGCUAUCUCUCUCACUGUGUACUGGCUCUUGUAAUAUGAAGAAUUAGCUUGUAUAAUGUGUAUGUUCUUGUGAGCCUGUAGUAUGUAAUUGGUCAGCUGGGCUGUUAUUACGUAGGGCAUUUCUGUUAGGGGUCAUAUGUGACCAUGGAUUCAAAUGGUUGAGGCUUUCAGAUAUGUGAUGUUAUUUUUCUUCAACAUGUGUAUGGAUUUGUGAGUUCUUCA